GAGCCGUCAAUCCUGCCAUAACAAGAAAACAGGGAAAGGCUGGAUAGCAAGACAUCAAUAUACGUAGUGGGGGGGAAACAAAAACAAAAGCAAAAAACUUUGCACGUGUUCCCAGUUUACGGCCAUCUGUUUUUAAUCCAGAGUCGUAUUGCAGGGUGAGACAAAUAUGAGCAGCUUUAGUCAACCCGUCCAACACAGGACAUCAUCAUUCACAAGGGUAACACACCACGGCACAUCCAAGCAGGACUUGGAACGUGAUUCGGGCUUCUCAGAUGCCAGCUCUGAGUACCUGAGUGCAGUUGAUUGGACCGACUCUGAGGAUGCAGGCGGAAAAAGGUCCACGGUCGGCCAGGAUGCGGCUGGUGUGCAGGUGGCUGUGAUGGGAGGCUCGUAUGCUGGACUUUCCCCGAUGCUCAUUAUGAAUAACUUUGUCCUUAAUCAGCCUUCACAGGUGACUCCAGCAGAGAAACAGUGGGGCUCUCUCGAUGUCAUACCACAAUCUCAGAUGGUUCUUCUUCAACCAAUGAUCUCGCCAAGUGCAACCCCUGAAAAUAUCCCACAGUCAAAAACCUACACAUCCACCCUCAAAUCAUAUACCAGAAUCGCCCCAAACCCAGUGGACACACCCUCUAAAAGGUCAGGAUCCUCAAGAAUGAGGGGAAGUUCAUCCUCAGCAUAUGACCAGCAACACAGGCGACAUCAACAAGGCAACAGGCAGCACGGCACUCCCAUCCCUGAGUGGGCCCCACAGGCUCCCAGCAAAGCAGUGACUGGGACCACCUCUGUGCCCCUGUGGACGUAUCAGUCUAGGACUGAACUGGGCGACACCCAGCUGUGUCCUGACAUUUACUCGGACAGCCUCUUGGCCGAGAGCAACAAGUUGAAGCGUUUCAGCAAUACCUACAACAUCCUCAGCAACUGCGGCCUGCUGGGCAUUACUAUGCGCACCAAGCAGCUGAUCAAGGAGAACAAGCGGACCCAAAGUCAGUUGCUGCAGCUUCAGGAGCAUACGGCACUCCUGCUGGAAGCUCUGGGAAGUGGCGACCCUCAGCUGUGGACUAAACUGCAGCUCUCCCUGCAGGACUAUAACAUGUUGUUAAGGAAUGAGCCAUGAUGAGACCAAUGAGACCAGACUUACCGAGGAGUGGCAUCACUAGUGACGUGUCAUGGAUCUUUGAGUACGACCUUGAGACCAAGCGGCAGAGCCUUGAGUGGAGAACCUCGACAUCACCAAGGCUAGAGAACGCACGGCAGUCAAAGUCCAAGAAAUGUUGAUGGAAUUCUUCGAUAUGAGAAGCGUUGUCCACUGCUAGUUGUUGCCACAGGGGCAGCGAUCCACCAGGACGUCUGCAAAGAAAUCCUGCUGCAUUGACUUGGUUCAGUGCGCGAGAAGAGGUGUGCGUUGUGGCAGGACAACUGCUUCACCAUGACAACGCACCUGCUCACAAUGCCCUGAGCAUCUGACAGUUCCUGGUCGAGAAGAACAUUGCGUUGCUGGAGCAACUUCACUACUCACAUGACCUAGCUCCUUAUUUUUAUUUAUUUAUUUUUUUACUUUUCCAAGCUCAAGGAGAUGAAAAAGGGGGCACCGUUUUGAAGACGUGUAUGACAUCAAGAUGGCUCUGAUGACAGCAGCGAAUGAUCCAUGAAGAAUCUUUCCAUGAAGGCGAUUAGAGAAGGCUGGGAAAGUGCAUUAGACCGCCGGGGAGAUUUUGUACCGUAUUUUCGCGACCAUAAGGCUAUUAAAAGGCGCAGUCUCAGUUACGGGGUCUAUUUCUGUAUUUAACACAUGCAUAAGGCACACCGUAUUAUUUGGCGCAGGCAUGGUAAAACAACGCUAGUUUAAAACAUAAGGUAGCAUGCAUGCAUGGUAGCGUAUGUUUUUAAAAAGGCAGCGGGAGCAAAACUGAGUUCGGUUGUACUUUAUUGAAGUAUUUAACAAUGUACUCACGUUAUUUGUUGAUCAAUCAUCAAAGUCCUCAUCUUCUGUAUCCGAAAUGAACAGCUGGGCAAGUUCUCCAUCAAACAUCCCGGGUUCCCUCUCGUCAUUGUCGGAGUCAGUCUCGUUGCCGGGGGGCUGUUCAGCAAUGAUGCCGGCUUUCGCGAAAGCUCGACAACAGUCAAAAGCAGAUACCUUAGCCCAGGCAUCCACAAUCCCUUCACAUAUGGUGGCGUAACUCGCCCGGCGCUUCAUCUUCUUGACUUGUCGAAGCUCGUUUUCCUGCCUUCUCCACUUGCGAACCAUGGAUUUGUUGAUCUUGAAUUCUCUCGGGGCAGCUCGAUUCCCAUGUUCCUCCGCGUAAAUGACAGCUUGCAGUUUAAACUGUGCUUCGGAAGCGUGUCUCUUCGUAGGUACCAUUUUCGGGGGUCCUUAGCCAAAUCGAUGUUGUUUUGCACAAUGCACAUACCGCCGCUAUAUACCUACUGGGGGCGUGCCUUUAGCGGCCUCUUUGACGUGCACUCUUCCCCCUUUAACGUCCGCAUGCUGUGUUUAUGUUAUAUAUUAUGCAGUCAACGCAUAAUAUACAAUUAAAUGGUGGAACAUGUUAUGUUCCAUGAGAUUGAUCGGCAUUCAGUUUGUUUGGAUUUCAAAUAAAUGUUCCCCAUUACAAAUAAUAGAAAUGGAUGUGUUCUCGAGUUGAAUACUUUUUUUAGGUAGCGUUUUAAGUAACAUUUUUGCAUUGUUAAUUGUCACGUAAGUACAAAAAGUCAGUGGGUGUUCAAUUUCAGGGAUAGGUUUCGUUGAGGUUCUAUUGUCAGCGUAAACAUUACCUCAGUAAUGCCUUAAUUUCAAUUCUGUGUUUGAUCGCCAUUCAAUUUGAGUCACACGAGCCAAUUGGAACGCUAUGACUUUUUGUAUGAGUUUCUACUUAACAAAAUGUUGAAGACUUAUUUGCUAGUCCUCCUCUAAAUAAGGUUGAAAAAAUAAUUGUAACAAAAGGAUGACUUGUAAUGACAUUUGCAGUACAGUAACAUGAUCUUAGAUACAUUGUCCCUUUAUGGCAAACAUCCAUCCAUCCAUUUUUUGAGCCGCUUCUCCUUAAUAGGGUAGCGGGAGUGCUGGAGCCUAUCCCAGCUAUCAUCGGGCAGGAGGUGGGGUACACCCUGAACUGGUUGCCAGCCAAUCGCAGGGCACAUACAAACAAACAAAGAACCAUUCGCACUCACAUUCACACCUACAGGCAAUUUAGAGUUGUCAAUUAACCUACCAUGCAUGUUUUUGGGAUGUGGGAGGAAACCGGAGUGCCAAGAGAAAACCCACGCAGGCACGGGAAGAACAUGCAAACUCCACACAGGUCGGGCCGGGGAUUGAACACCAGUCCUGAGAACUGUGAGGCAGACGCUGUAACCAGUCAUCCACCGUACCAUUUUUAUGGCAAACAGUAUACAAAUAUUAAUUUCUACAGAUGCUCUUAGAACCGUGCAACCUCAGCAGUACUUGUGAACAAAAAGAUUAUCCUACCUUUUUAAGUAUUUCGAGAGGUGGGUAGAGUAGCCAAAUAUUGUACUUAAGUAAGAGUACUGUUACUCCAAAUAUUUACUUGAGUAAGAACGUACUCAAUGAAAAAAAUGACUCGAGUAACGUUUGGGUAACUUCUGUUUUUUUUUAAAUCAGCAUGAACAUCAAAUAAAAUAAAUUUUAAAAAAUAAUAUAUGGGAGUGGACCCAGACCUGCCACCAUUUACAUUAACUGCCCAAAAACCAACAACGCAUGCAUUGGGCCCUACAGAAAGAUUAUUUGCUUUAUUCACUGAAAUUACUUGAUGAAGAAGCUGUUUGCUGAACAGACUUAGUGAUUGCGUGUGCAACACCAUGUGAUAGAGCUAAUUUUGCCACAUCACUACCAAUACAAUAGAAACAUCUGCAACUUACUGCAAUGUGUUUUCUCAAGUUAGAAGCGGGCUGAAAUAUCCAAGUUUGGGCAGUCACAAUUUAAGAGCUGCAUGACAAAGCUGUUGUUUUUUUUAGUCUGCAAAGUUAACACGCUCGCGCUUCUGUUUUAUUUAUUUUUUCUCCCAAAUGAGUAUUUGAUUGGCUCGCGAAGGCUACGUGCGUGGUCAUGUGACUGCCUUGUGUUGUCUGAUUGAUUGGUGAAUUGGAGUCAAGUGACAGUGAUCACGUUGGAUUGGCGCAACGGGCGCCCUAUGCAGAAGUCAAAGAUGGAGUCUAAAAGUACAAGCGCACACGCAAGAAUGGACAAAUAAAAGUAGCGAAUGGCAUGUCAAUCUUUGUAACGGAGUAAACGUAUCGAUCCUUCUUCACAUAAAUACUCAAGUAAAAGUAAAAAGUACGGUGCAUUUAAAGUACUCUGACAAGUACAGUUUUUCGAAAAUGUUAGUUGAGUAAAUGUAACGGAGUAAAUGUAGCAUGUUACUACUCACCUGUUUAUUUGUGAUGAGAUUUUAUUCUUGUCAAAGAUAAAAGCUAUUAUUUAAUGUUCCCUAGUACAUCGAAAGUUUCCCAUAGAAAUGUGGUAUUCAUUGGUUAAAAAAAAAACAAGGUUUAAUUGUAUUAAGCAAAGCUAUGUAGCCUCAUAAUGUUUUUUUGCUUUGUUUCUGUUACUUCCAUACUUGUUCCUGCAGCUGUUUUUUGUUUUGUUUUUGUAACGAGGUCAUAAUCAUACUAUUAUCGCUGACAAGUAAUAGUAACAUAUCAGACUCUUGCACUUUAGUGACCAGAAUAUCGCUCUGCUUGAAUUUAUUUUAUUUUUUUUAAUAUGUAAAAAUUAAUGGUUAACUGUGCCUUUUGAAUAUGUGUGUGCUUGUGUUAGAGCUUGGACUGAUGUACCUUUUUACAAUGCCAUACCUCCCCAAAUAAACAAUGAUGACAGGAAGCCUUACAGUACAUGGAUGAGUUUUAAUGGCAAGUUGAAAUACUGCAGUUCUUUUAUUUUGUCAAAGCAUAUAAUAAGCAGUAAUAAGAUGGAGACGUAAACAAAUCUGUCCUGUUUUUAACAAACAAAUUGUAACUCUUUUCGUGAAACGUGCCUGUAGUUGUAAAAGUCACAGUGACUUAUAGUCAUAAAA